CUGAGGGAGGGAGGGAGGAGGAGGAGGGGAGGGAGAAGAAGGGAGAGAAGGAGGAGGAGGAAGAGGAAGAAAGAGUCCGAAGGAGCUGCCGCUCCUGCCCGGGCCGGCGCCGGGGAUGGUGUUGGCCGCGGCAGCCGGGCCCUGACGCCGCGCUCAGGUGGAAGCAGCAGGAAUGCUAACACUGGCAAGCAAGCUGAAGCGGGAUGAUGGUGUCAGAGGACCCCGUGCGUCCAACCCGGCGUCGGACUCUACUCGGAGGGUGUCUGUGCGGGAUAAAUUGCUUGUUAAAGAGGUUGCAGAGCUUGAAGCUAAUUUACCUUGUACAUGUAAAGUGAAUUUUCCUGACCCAAACAAGCUUCAUUACUUUCAGCUAACUGUAACCCCAGAUGAGGGCUAUUACCAAGGUGGAAAGUUUCAGUUUGAAACUGAAGUUCCUGAUGCCUACAAUAUGGUGCCUCCAAAGGUGAAGUGUUUGACAAGGAUCUGGCAUCCCAACAUUACAGAGACGGGAGAAAUCUGCCUAAGUUUAUUGAGAGAACACUCAAUCGAUGGCACUGGCUGGGCUCCAACUAGAACAUUAAAGGAUGUUGUCUGGGGAUUAAACUCCUUAUUUACUGAUCUUUUGAAUUUUGACGAUCCCUUGAAUAUUGAGGCUGCAGAGCAUCAUCUGCGUGACAAGGAGGACUUUCGGAAUAAAGUUGAAGAUUACAUUAAGCGCUACGCGAGAUGAUGAAGGGAGAAGGAUGGCAGGACCAUGGCUUCCACACUAGAGUUGUCCUUAACUUCAACAACAACAAUAAACCAGCCCGGAUUGUACUAGUCCUGUGUCCAUGUUGUACUGAAGAAGAAAAACUAACUUCAUAACCUGUCCAUGUUCAAAGGAGAGUUCAGCAUAAAUACAGCAAGAAAUUGUGUCUGUUGGUUGAAAAAGUUGUUUGCUUCCUUUUAAAAAAUGUUUACUCUUCUGAACUGUACUGUAUAUCCUGUUGAUGAGAUAUGCUUGAGAAGUUAAAGAAAUCACUAUUGAAAUUGUAAUUACACUUUUUUUUUUUUAACUCUUGCCUAGUCUGGAGGGGGGAAGGAAAACAAACCCAAACAGAAAAGGUGGCGUGUUUUUGGAACACUCGGAGUUGGCAAUAAAUGGUCUCCUGUGAACCAAAUCACAAAACUGUUGCCUUCGAUGAGCAGAAACAAUAUGAGCUUUUCCCAGGAGUCGCUCAGCUGAGGCUUAGAGCUUGCCAGAAUGCAAGUGCAAAAUGAGAUUCUACUUCUGGUAUUGAAAUUCUCAAUGCUAUUUAAUGUAAGUAUGUUUUUGUCACAGUUUGGAAUUUUUACAUUAUUAAUUUCAGCCCCUGUUUGGGCUACAGUAUUUUUUUUUGUUUCUAUUCAUUGUGUGAAGUAGUUAAAAGAAAUACAGGCUAAUGGGUAACUUAAGUAAAUGUUUAGUAUUAGUAAAAAUUACAUAUAUAUUAUAUAUUUCUGUAAAAAUUUAAUGGAAGGGAGAUUUUUUUUUUUUUUAAGAAAUCUACCUUUGGCUUUCUGGUCUGGAUGUGGUGAGGGAGCAUGAGAUGCUGUUUGAUCUGACAACAGUAAAUUCAGGCACCAUUACCUGGAGAACACCUAAUUGUGUUCUCCAGACUCCUGCACUGGAAGGGAAUGAUGGAGCUGGGACCCAUAAUACACCACACCCCAUCCGUGCACGCUUGGCUUUCUCAGUGACUGGAAAGGAUGUUGAUGCUGUAAUUGCCUUUUCUGUGAGGAGCUGUGUGGCAGACACAGUGUGUGUGAGCAGGGAGCCUGCAGGAGAGAGUAGCAUGUACCUCAGGAAUCACUUCAGUCCGUGUGCCAGAGCUCCCUGGGCAUCGUCCGGGAUUGAGAUCACGCAGAGGGAGGUGAUGGAACCGACUCGAGCUUUUAUAAACCAUAGAAAUAAAUGUUUGUGUGGUUUUUUACAGAGCAGGUGUGUGUGUGACACUUGGGCAUCGACUGUUGGGUUUUUACCCCCUUCAUUCUUUCCUGCUGUUCCUCUGCAGAUGCUGAAAGAAAUCAAAAUAAUCUCCGUUGUGAGAGAUGGUGGCAGAGCUGGGGUGCAAACUGUAAGCACAGUACAACUUUUCAUGUUUUAAGUUUUCCCUGUGCCUUUUCCCUUACAGCUCCACAGGCUCCUGUAGCUGUUACUGGAGGUCUGGGAAAGCAGGGAGAUGAAAUGCAGGGAUUGGGAUGCAGGAGAGCUUCGCCUGAGGAUAAUAGUGGCACCCUGUCUGUUCACAGUGAAACAUGGAUCAGCCUAUUAUUUUAAGCAGGCAACUGCAGUGAGAGAUCUUUGCUGCCCAAACAGAAAUGUCAGGGAAGGUAAGAAGUAAAACACUCACAAAAAUAGAAAGGUUGGGAAAUACAUCCAGAAAUACAUCAGAAGAAUUCUCUUGUUUUUGAGCUGAAAACUCUGAACCAGUUUUCUGUAAUGAAGAUGAGUAAUCCUUGCUGUAGUGGCACCCUGGUAGUGUUAUCACCUUCCAUCUUUCAGGAAAAGGGGUCAAACUGCCCAUUUCUUGGGCUGUCAUCCAUGCCUAGCUCCCAACUUGUCCCGGGAAGCCGCUGCAGAUGCGCCAGGGCAGAGCAACUCCAGGGUGCUGCUCCAGGAGCCAGGAAAGCUGUGCCAGGGUGGGCAGCAGGUUUGGGGUAUCAGAGAAUAGAGCUAGAGCUGCAGCUCUCAAAGCCCAUCCCCACCUCCAGAACAAUCCUGCUGUUAAAAUCCUUCCCUGUGUUUUUGCUUGCCUGGAGAAGAUGAGCAGAAUAAUAAAGUUUGGACACUGUUAAAUACUA